AGUAACUUGAUGCUGAACAACAACAGCUGCUUUACCAAAAACCAGAAGGCGUUAAAGUUGUUUGCGAUGUGACAUGUAGGAUUACUAACCUGUGUAAGGUGUAAAAGUUGUGUGUGUGUGUUUGCGUGCCGUCCUCCGCUCGUUCAUGGGGUUUCUGUAUGAUUCACUGCAGUCUUUUUAAAGGAGCACCAUGGCAAUGUGGAUCCAGGCCCAGCAGCUGCAGGGUGAGGCGCUGCACCAGAUGCAGGCGUUGUACGGCCAGCACUUCCCCAUCGAGGUGCGACACUACCUGAGCCAGUGGAUUGAGAGCCAGCUCUGGGAUUCAGUGGAGUUGGACAACCCGGCAGAGGAGGCCAAAGCCAAGCGUCUGCUGGACAACCUGGUGACCGAGCUGCAGAAGAAAGCCACGCUUCAGGGGGGAGAGGACGGCUUCCUGCUCAAGAUCAAACUGGGUCACUAUGCUAACCAGCUCAAGAGCACCUAUGAUCGAUGUCCUUUGGAGCUGGUGAGAUGCAUAAAGCACAUCCUGCACUCGGAGCAGAGGCUGGUUCAGGAAGCUACGAAUGCCAGCUGUGGGAGUGGUGGGCAGGCCAUGGACAGCCUGUCACAGCGCCACCAGCAGAUCAACCAGACCUUUGAGGAGCUCCGUCUGGCCACACAGGAAACUGAGAAUGAAAUGAGGAAACUGCAGCACAGCCAGGAGUACUUCAUCAUCCAGUACCAGGAGAGCCUGCGCAUCCAGGCCCAGCUGAGCAGCCUUUCCUCUCUGCCUCCUGCUGAGCGCACCCAGCGGGAGACCACCCUGCAGAGCAAGAGGGCCACUGUGGAGGCCUGGCUCACCAGAGAGGCCAGCACACUACAGAAAUACAGGCUUGAUCUGUCAGAACAACACCAGAAGACUCUGGCCUUGCUGAGGAAGCAGCAGACUCUGAUCCUCGAUGAGGAGCUCAUCCAAUGGAAGAGGAGGCAGCAGCUGGCUGGGAACGGGGGUCCUCAUGAGGGGGCGCUGGAUGUCCUCCAGUCCUGGUGCGAGAAGCUGGCUGACCUGAUUUGGCAGAACCGACAGCAGAUCCGACGCUGUGAACAUCUAACCCAGCAGCUUCCUCUGCCGGGCCCCAUGGAAGAACUGCUGAGCAAACUCAACGCUGACAUCACUGAUAUCAUCUCCGCCUUGGUCACUAGUACCUUCAUCAUUGAAAAGCAGCCGCCUCAAGUGUUAAAGACCCAGACCAAGUUCGCAGCCACAGUGCGCCUUCUGGUGGGCGGGAAGCUCAACGUCCACAUGAACCCACCUCAGGUUAAGGCUGUGAUCGUCAGCGAGCAGCAGGCCAAAGCUCUGCUGAAGAAUGAGAGCACACACAGUGAAAGCAGUGGAGAGAUCCUCAACAACAACUGUGUGAUGGAGUAUCACCAGGCCACAGGCACCCUCAGCGCUCACUUCAGAAACAUGUCACUGAAGCGGAUCAAGCGUUCAGACCGCCGCGGUGCAGAGUCGGUGACGGAGGAGAAGUUCACAGUUCUGUUUGAGUCGCAGUUCAGCGUCGGGGGAAACGAGCUGGUCUUCCACGUCAAAACUUUAUCUCUACCUGUGGUGGUCAUCGUUCACGGCAGUCAGGACAACAAUGCUACAGCUACAGUCCUGUGGGACAACGCCUUCGCUGAGCCGGGCAGGGUGCCGUUCAUCGUGCCAGACAAGGUGCUGUGGCCGCAGCUGUGCGAGGCCCUCGACAUGAAGUACAAGGCCGAGAUGCACAGCGGGCGUGGCCUGUCGGAGGAUAACCUGGUGUUCCUGGCACAGAAGGCUUUCACAAGCAGCGGCAACAACCCUGAGGAAUACCGCAACAUGCCUAUAUCCUGGGCCCAGUUUAACCGGGAGAGCUUACCUGGACGCAACUACUUCUGGCAGUGGUUUGAUGGCGUCGUGGAGCUCAUGAAGAAACAUCUCAAGCCUCAUUGGAAUGAUGGGGCCAUCUUGGGUUUCGUUAACAAGCAGCAGGCACAGGACAUGCUGCUGUCCAAACCCAACGGCACCUUCCUGCUGCGGUUCAGCGACUCAGAAAUCGGAGGCAUCACCAUCGCCUGGGUGGCUGAGAACCCCAACAAACCAGGUGAGAGGCUGGUCUGGAAUCUGUUGCCUUAUACAACCAAGGACUUCUCCAUUCGCUCCCUGGCAGACCGCAUCAGCGACCUGAACCACCUUCUGUUUCUGUACCCCGACCGGCCCAAGGACGAGGUCUUCGCCAAGUACUACACCCCUCCACUCUCUAAAGCAGUGGAUGGAUACGUAAAACCACAGAUCAAACAAGUUGUGCCAGAAUUCACAAUCCAGAACCCUGAACCCAGUGGAGGAACGCCUGCAUUCAUGGACCAGACAGCGUCUCCCUCUGUCAGCCACCCCAACAACUUUAGUGUCUUUCCUAUACCUGACACGAUGCUGGACGCAGACGGAGACUUUGACCUGGACGACACCAUGGACGUGGCACGCCACGUCGAGGAGCUGCUCCGCCGGCCGAUGGCCAACCAGUGGAGCAGUCAGCAGUCCUGAACCCGAAAAAAAUAAAAACCUGCUGCAAACCUUCAGGUCCGGACACAAACACACACCUGAAAUCCCUACUGGACUGUCCCCACAGCAAGAUGUCCCGUCAUUUAUCUGCGACCUUAGCAUGAUGCACUUCAGGAGUCUCUAUUCCGCCUCAGUUUUAGCUUCCUACAGGAGCUCUGGGAGAUACAGGUCUGGUUUUUUAAUAGCCCUCUUCUUGCCUAUGUAUGUGUCCCGGAAGUGAUUUUGAUGUUAUGUUUUAUGUAAACCCUUAUUCAAACGUGCCUAAAGAGCAUUCAGCUGGAACUGGGAGACUUUUGUAUAAAAAUGCACAGAAGACACACAAGCUUUGUUUUCAAUGUUUUUAAAAAAAAAAGAUUUCCGUCCGCACAGUUACAACGUCAGUUAUUGCAGCUGAAUGUCAACAACCUGAAUCCCCUUGUAUUACAGUGAAUAUUUGUCAUGUGAUGUUAUUAGUUUCUGCUACAUCCUCAAAUGAGAUCAUGUAUGUUUUACUGAACAUUAGCCACUGUGAAGACAAACAGUAUUUGAGUCAGCUGCUUUGAGGACAUGGUUGUUAUACAGACUGACUGAGAGAAAGUACAACGAGAGAGGCAACCAUUAAACAACACUCUUGUCUUCCAGUCAGGCACAUUGGUUUUAUUAUUGCUCUGUAUUAAGAAAAAAAAAAAGCUUAGAUUUGGCUACAGAACAGGAUUAAAUCUGCGUUGUUAUAAAUAAAACAAAUGCUCUGUGUGUUCUGAGUUCAAACUUCACCUGUGAUUCAGUUAAAUCCGGCUGCUGUGUCCAAUGAGGUGUCAACAUUUUUAAAACAUCCACCAACCGUUUUAAAACAACGCAUUUUCUUUUUUCUAAACCAUUGAUAGUGUUGGGAAAAUUGACAGAUCAUCACACAUAUUGGUGAAACUACUGGUGGUUAUGUUAUGAAACUUUAGGAUUUUUGGAGUUUAGACAGGAGCAGGGGUUUUCUUCCACAUUCUUUGGUUAUUAUAAAACAAGAAAUUAACCUUAAUUGAUGCUUAGGACUUCUAUUUUUGUUGCUGUGGUAUCCAAACCGGUAUCUGGUAUUGUGACAGCCAUAGUGCCCCGUUAAAGAAUCCACCAGAGGUCAGCAGACCUGAAUUUCAACUUUUCAACCUUCCAAGAGGAAUCAGCAAAGACGAGGAAGAAGACUGCUGCAGGGAUGUGAACAAUGCAGGUUUCAAAAGGAUUAAUAAAAUAAAUGCAAGGGUCGCAAUUCUGAGUUCGCACACAUUGUGGUGGUGACAAAAAGUCAAUGUAAAUACACUGCAGGAUACCUUUAAACAUGCUGCACACCUGAUUCAUAUGAGGUUUAAAUUAAACAGGCCACAUCUUUCUCUUUUAAAUUAUGAGGUUUGACUUUGACCUCAGAUGGUGUAAAAACUGUGACAGAAUAUUAAAACGGAACAAAACAAACAUGUUUAAAAAGCACUUCAUAGACUUUUUUCACUGUUCAUUUUCCAGGCACACAUUCCCUACCCACUGAAACUGGUACCCUGACCCGCUUUGGGUCCUACGGUCUAUGGUCCUGACCCACUAGUUGAGAACCGCUGCUCCAUAGGACCAAAAGUAAACAAGAUAGUAAUUUUUAAUGCCUGUAACCGCUGCCACCGGGGUCAGUGUCAUACAAAGUGAUUAAAGGAGCAAUAUGUAACUCUUGACACCUAGCGUUUGAAAUUGGUACUGAAGUCCAAAUUCAAAACAUUGAAGUAAGCCGUCUCCCCCUCCUCCCAAGAGUGGAUGUGUACGUUGGUUCCCAUGUCGCAGACCUGAAGCUUCAGUGUUUAGCCAGCUUUGAAUUGGUCUAUUUUUCAAAAGCAUAUGCAGUGUUUGUCAGGCUUAUUAGAAAAAUGCAGAAGCUCUUUAGGUAAUGUAGAAUCAGUUCUCUUACACACUUCUAUCGCUGCAACACCUGUUGGUUGGUCGUUUGCCUGGCAACUGGAGUGGCGUCCAAUGGCCUUGUUGGGGGACCUUUCUUUAGAAAACACAACUUGCACAUGAUGUUCAGGACAAGAUGAGCGAAGAGAUAAUAAAUAGUGCUUUGUCCACAGGGGGCGUCGGUAUUGAUCCGACCUGAAAGUUCUUCACAGGAGCUUUAAGUACCAUUUCAUAUUAAACAUUCAGCAGGAUAACGUUGAGUUUCCCUCAUUCACCAUCAUUUUGACACAGCAGUCAGGUUUAAAUCGGCACACAGCUGUGAGUUAAACCUCUGAGCCGGAGUCUAAAUAAAAAGCUAAGCUGCUCACAUGCUGAGCGGGGAGUUCAGAAAACAGUAAAGCUAAAGUCAUCAUGUAAGAAGAGCCAAAAGCUGCUGCUGCUGCUCCAUCUCGACUCCAGCAGUCAAACCCUCGAGUGUUUUCAACUGAACCUAACUGAGUUUAUUGCCUGGGAUUUUAACUUUUUGUAAGAGAAAGAUUUGUUCAAUGUCUUUGUUCACAUGUUACGUAGCCUGAAGUCAUGCGAUUGGGAUUGUACAUCUGUGUCUGUUUAUUGAGAGUGCUUGAGUAUCGUAUUUGUUCCAUAUUGUAAACUGUAUUGUUUACAGUCAUUCCCUGUAUUACACAGUCAUACAGCAA